UAAUAUUUAACAAAUUAUUAUAUUCGCACACCAUAUUAACAUAAGUAAUUAUAGAUUAUAGAUGUAUAAACAUAUGUUAUUCUCCGUACGUUUCCGGGCAAGAGAGGGGCAGCGGUCGAGAUAUAUACCCCAUGCGUACGCGCAGACCCCGUAGUGUAGGCUCACUCCUCAAGAUGAGAGCUCUCACAUACACGUUACUGUUAGUGGCCCUCGCGGCUGCGCUAGCAGUCCCCGUCCCCCAGGAUGUAGCAGAGGCGACCAGAGAGAAACGCUCUCCGGGCAGCUGGCACCAACCCGAGGGAGUGUGGAAGAAGAAGCUCGUCUGGAAGGAGGAAUGGAAGCAAAUCUGGAAGACCGAAAAAAAACUAGCCUGGAAAACAGAGUGGAAAAAAGAGAAAGAACCAGCGUGGAAAACUGAAAAAGUACAACAGUGGAAAGAAGAACAAGUGCCCGCUUGGAAAGUAAUACAAAAACCAAUUUGGAAGGAAGUACAAGUACCCAUCUGGAAAGAGAUACAAGUCCCAGAUUGGAAGAAGGUAUGGAAACCAGUAUGGAAGGAAAUCAAAGUCCCUGUGACCAAGACUGUUCAAGUUCCCGAAUGGAAACAAACUUACGUCCCGGAAUGGGUGAAAGAGGGCGUUCCCGGAGAAAAGUUCUUAGGCAAAGAUGACCAUGGAUGGGAAUAUACCAGCCACGAUUUAUGGCGAAAGAAGAUGAUCUGGAAACCCGUAUGGAAGAAAGUCUGGAAAACUGAGCAUAAGCAGGAAUGGGUAGUGGAAAAGAAACUAGAAUGGAAGGAAGAAUGGAAACAGAUCUGGAGGACUGAGAAGAAGCAAGCGUGGGUAACGGAGAAAAAGCAGGAAUGGAUAGAAGAGAAAGUACAAAUAUGGAAAACGGUGAAAAAAGAAGUAUGGGUGCCAGUACAGAAGAAGAUCUGGGUAGAGAAGUGGAAGCAGAUACAAGUACCAGUCUGGAAAACUGUUGAAGUUCCAGCUUGGAAGAAGGUAUGGAAACCAGUCUGGCAGAAAGAGUGGGUGCCGAUCCACCACGAGCAUCACGGAUGGGACUAAAUAGGUAACCACUUUCUUUACAUUUCAUUACCAUAUUAUAAUUAUGAUUGUAGAUAAAGAUACUGUACAUACUUUCGAUAGUAUUUUAUGUAUAUCUCGCUACGAUCAUUGUCGGUUUAAAUAUGGUAGUGGAAUGAAGGUUUAGACAAAAGGAUAGACCAUAGGAGUAACUUUAUGUAAUCUAUUCUUGUCUUAUGGUCUAACGGCCGAAAGCUAUUUGUAUAUAUGGAGUACCAUUUUGUAGUUUCGUCGGUCCUUUUGCCUUCCAUUGUAGUCACUUUGUUAACUAUUGUUACCAGUUACCAAUUGUAAAUAUGAUAUUAUAGUACUCAAAGGGAUGUUGUAGCGGUUGUUUUCCUAAACAGAACUGCAGUGUUAUGACUACGAUUUAAAGCCAAAUCUUCUUGAUCUGCUAGAAAAACCUUAAGACAAUUUUUGAUACCGAAUGGAAUAUCUUUAGAAAACACCUAAAAUACAAUUAUUGCUCAAGUAGAAUUUUGACCUACUGUAUAUACGUAUCUUUGUCACUCACGCGUAUUUCAUAAAUAAGCAUGAGUGCUACAGCAAUAAUAUAUGUUGUCUUUUUCCAUUUUUUCCUUUAAUUUAUUUGGAAUUUAAUUAAUAACAACAAAGGUAUGUCUAUGAAGGUCUACUCGAUGGCUUGAUUUAAAAGAUUUAUCUCUGAACUAUAGUGCAGUUCGAUCUGAUUGACCCAAAUGCCCAAUCGCUUUGUCGGAGACAAAACACUACAGUCAGGGGACAUGUUAAUCGUCCGAUUGACAUUUAAAUGGCACCUUUGUGGGGUAUCGUUUUUAAAAGGCCAGUAUUCGAAAGUAUCCUGUAUUUCACACUGACUUUUGUCUGUUAUUUUUUGUAGAUUUCUGCCAUCUUAAAUUGAUCCUUUUGUUGAUUUUACUUCAGUUAAAUUAACGUGAUCUUUAGUAAAAUAAUUAUUUUUGCAUGCGACGCAGUGCGAAUGCUGUUUGCGAUUGUAUAUUUACGGACGUAUGUUAGAUCUCUUUCUAACGUAUAGCUGCGUCCUGCAAGCGACAGUAUUUUGCAUUGCGUGUCAUGCAUUAAGCGAGAUAAGUUUGAUAUUUGUAGAAAAUAUGUUUUUUUUUAAACAUAUUUUUUACAUAUUCAAAAUUAAAAAAGGCUCAUAUUUAAAGAUAACCUCAUUUUAAGCCUAAAGAUAAAAUUGCAACAGUAUGAUAACUAAAUUAUGCAUUCAUAGUAUACUCGUAGGUGUAGAAUAAUUUAUAGAUGACAAACAUUAUUUUUACGCAAAGUUUUGAUCCGAAAUUAAUAUGAGCUCUUUCAUUUAAUUUAUUUAAAUCAAAACCAUUUCACACGCUGUAGAUCGCUAUAUAAUGUCUAAUUUGAAUAUGUUUCGCGUGAGCAUUUAUCAACAAUAAAUUAAUAUUUACACCAUUUUUUAUAUUGUAACUUAUGUCAUAUUUAUGACAUACUACUUAAUAAUCUUUAUUAAGUUCUAUAUGAACAGAGUUAUCAAAAAAAAACAUUCUGUUGCAAUUUCAUCUCAUACAUUAAAAUUACCCAAGGCCUUUUCUGUGACUCAAAUUUAUAUAACGAAGCCCUUCAAUUAUGUACCUUGUUAUUGAGGAUUUACAGUACAUAUUUGUUUUAUAGAGGCUCGGUUUACAUUCCCGGUGUUAGAGUACAUUGUUUUUUAUGUUUUAUAAACAUACUUAUGUUUUUUUUUAAGUGUUAGCAAUAUACGAAUUUAAUAUAAAAUAUGAAGUUUUA